UUAAUACAGUACACAAAGAUAAACAGAGUGUUAAACGGAUUUAGAUAUUUUUAAUUGUACAGAAAAAUAAAUACAUCUACACUUUCCUUCAGCACUUAGCACGGCUACUAAGUUAAAUAUAAUUUAAUUCAUAUGUCCUUUAUGAUGGUCUGCUUAACUGAUCCUCUAUCCUCAUUUAUUUGUACCUACAAAACAGACUGAAAUAUUCAUUAGUAGCAACAUUAGAAAGUCAUUCGUCUAUUACUAUCAAACACUGGCCUACUUGAACUAAUGGCUAAACUUGAUGCACAUGAGAAAAAAUUCCGCAUCGCUAGCUUUUUGUGAAGUUGUUUAAAUGUACGCCUGGAUUUCACGACGUGCGUUACAUUGAUUCGUGAUUUUUCUUUAAAAAAGUAACUUGAAAUUAGUGAAAAUGGAUAUGAACAUGAGAAGCCUUGGCAUAUUAGUUCUCCUUUCUACAGGAAUGGCAUAUGGUAUGAUAAAAGAAGUUCAAGAAGAUUAUGAAGUAAUUCUUCAAUGCGACUUUAACGUAGAAUACCCAGUAUGGACUGGCCCCGAUGGAUUAGCUAGCCCACUUACAACCGGACAGACAAUACAAGAACCAGGAAUUGAAUGGUUUAAUAAGAAGGAUCUGAACAUUACUAAAGCAAUGUUAAAACACGAUGGGAAUUACACGUGUUCUGACGGCAACGGCAACAGUAAAAUGGUGGAACUAGAUGUUCAAUACUUUUCAGGCUGGGCGGAGUUUACAACUGCUACACCUGAAAACACAAUGACUACUUUUACCUGUUGGUGCCGCAGUAACCCAAGAUGUACAAUAGUUCCGGAAACUGUUUCGCAUGGAAGACCGGGAGUCGGCAGUACACUUGGUUUAGAUUCAAAGACGACAUUUCAUCCAUGUGCAUCUGACCCAACCGCUGAAAACAGAACCAAAUGUAGCGUUACUGUACAAAUGCACGUUGCCAAGGAGGACAACGGGGUGAUGGAAAAUAGCUGCAAAUUCAAUUAUAAGAACUCAACAAUACUCACGCUGUCACCACAGGUCAAGUUUCUUUUUCCUCCAACAAGUGUCAAUAUCACUGCUGAGAAAGAAGAAUCAAUGUUAAAUCUUACCUGUUCGAUCGAUUCGUCAAACCCAGUCUCUUUACUGAAAUGGUAUAGAGGAAUAAAAGCGACACCCUCGUCAAAUGGCGAGAUAUCGAGCAGUUAUCAGAGUUAUGUCAUGGACGCAGAGUAUAAUGGUCAAAACAUAACACAAUCCAUCGAUAUAAAAAGAGACAGUAUACAAGACGGCGAGAAGGCAUUCUGCUGCGCUGAACACAGGGAUCAACAAAUCUGUGAAUCUUUUGCAUUGGGCACUUACAAGACGACUUCUGCUGGUUCGUGUGUUACAUCGUGGGUCGCACUGGUGGUUGUUGGAGUAGCAUUACUCGCAAUUUGAUACUCAACAGAAUGAAUCUGGUGCAUAUCAGAACAUUAUAAGAUACAAUUUUACACGCAUAUGAACGUUGAAAAAAAAACACAAUUGAAAUGUGAUGAUAAACAGGUUACCUAUAGAUCUGGGCCCGGUUGUUCGAAACUUUAAUCGGAUGUUAAACUAACCGGCGGCUAAAUUUUGAUUCAAAAUACUAGACUUGAUGGGAAACACUAGUGUGAUAUUUUGAUUUCAUUGUAAAGAUUUUUCAGUGUUCAUAAUUCUUACCUCAUACAUUGGUUUUUCUAAGUCUUCUGAAAUGUCGAAAAAUAACUCUAAAAGUUAACCAACCGUUAGUUUAAUCGCCUGUUAAAGUUUCAAACAACUGGACCCAGUUUGCAGCUAAUAGUCCUAAAUACAUUUUAAAUAUUGUUACAUUUUGGGAAUUUGUUCAAACGCUUUCCUUGCUUGCAGUAGAACAGAAAAAUAUAAAUAAAUAUUUGUAAAUAUAAAGCAUAAACAAAAAACAAGUUAUUUAUAAAUAUGAUUUCAAAAUACUUACUAUUAAACACAUCUUCUCCCAAUAGUUUGCAAAUAUAUGUACAUCAAAUGUAUGCCUGGUAUUUGCAAUAAGGGUAAAAUUACAUUAAGGGGAGGGAUGCGGUCAUGACUAUUUAUUAAAAUAGGGCUAUUUGUUGUUAUUUCGUUAUUGUCAUUGUUAAUACUGUUGUUAUGUGCAACGCCAUUGAAUAUGUCAAUGUAUAAAAAUAGGCGUUUAAUCAAAUUAUUCAGUUUCAGUUUGUAACAAACUAAUGCCCAUGUUUAUAAUUGACACCAUUUAGUGUUCCUUGCACAAAGUGGUUUACACUGUACUCAAUAAGUUUUCUCUUUGACCAACUAUUACACAUUUUCCUACACACAACCCAAAUGCUUUGCUUUGUGGUCAGUUAGCACACAUGCUUCACAAUGUACCCAAAUAGUUUUUCUGUGGCCAUUUAUCACACAUGCUUCACAAUGUACCCAAAUAGUUUUUCUGUGGCCAUUUAUCACACAUGUGCACAGCACAGAGUAGUUUACCCAAAUCAGUCUUCCUUGUACAAAAUAGUUCACAAUGACAGUCUACCCAAAAUGUUUCCUAACACUUUGGUCUUCAUCCAAAGUUGUUCAAACCACUAGAACUAAAAUAGAAAAGUCUUUAAAAGACAUCUCUUCCGAAGUCGCUUGUCUGAUUUUAAAAGCACUUCACAGAAAUCCUUCUUGCGAGACCUUCGACAAAGCUUAUUCAUACUGUUUCGAUUCAUCAAAAAACCAUGGUCGCCAUUUGCUUUUCCAAUUCGCUUGUUUGCUGAAAUAAUGAAACGUGAAAAUUCAAAUCCAAUUAAAAAUGUAAAAUUAAAAGUCUACAGAUUUGAAUUUCCCCUUAACUGAAAGUUUAGCAAAUGUAAUUAAAACAGUGGGUUUAUUAAACUUUUGCCACCUGUUUUUUUAAUUUAUAACAUGUCUAUAAUGUUCCAUUUGACUAAUGUACUCUUCAGAAAACGUUAGAUCUGUCAUUUUCUCACUGUAUUGUACAGUUAUAUUGGCUAUAAACAGUGUAAUAUGUUGUAAUAUGUUUUAUGCUUAAUAAAAUUCGUAUUCGUGUUCGUCAAUGCCUCUGUUAUAAAGCUUGUAUGCUGAAUUCAACUAAAUUUUACAAUGUCUACAAAAAUAUUUUUUACUCUUGGGUUUCUAAGUACUAGAGUCUGUAGAGUCUGGAAAAACUGCCACGGCAAUUGCUGAUCAGUUUCGGUUAAUGUGGAAGAACACAAAUUCAGGUAAAUUAAAAUCCAAAACUUCUGAAACAAAUGUAUGGAAAACGCCACGUGUAAAGACAAGUGAAAAUACAUGAAAGUACAUAAACCUAAAGGAAAAAUCCCAAAACGAAAAUGUUGUCUUUAUCUUAUUGAUUGAAUAGAAAUAUUGUGAAACAUUUCAUGGUUAUGUAGAAUGUACUGUCAUUUUAUGAAAAUUAAUUCAUGAUUUUGUCAUUUUUUUAAACCAACUUGUAUUAAAAAGCAGUUAAAAUUG